AUGCCGAACCCGCACGCACCAAUUCCGCCCCGGACGGUGGAACGAACUCUAAGUGUCGAGCGGCGUAACCCGCGCGCGCGGCGAGACCUGGGGCCGGUGAAAAAAUCCGAAAAGCGACCGGGCGGUGCUCUUUGUGGCCGCCUAGCGAAUCCAUUAAUUGGGGAGAUAUACGGCCCGGCCUGCCCGCGGGAACGCCUU